GGUUUCAUCUUUCUACUUUUUAAAUCGCGUUCGAAGAAAUGUUCGACCGGAAGCGGGAAACUGCAAGAUUAGGGAUGCGAGGAGCAGCAGGAGGAGGAGGCCGCGGUGUUCGUCGGCGGUACACCAAGGCCUCCACCGGCCCCCCAGACAGGGCAGCGCCCCUUCCGUCGCCCUUCGACGUGGCCCGUCACUUCGACUUCGCUUCGGUCGCCGGCGGCCGCGACUCCGACGCCAGCCUGUGCAGCGGCCGCCCCUCCUCCGCGGGUGGCCGCCCCGCCUCUGCCCUCCUGACUGACCGCUCCGCCCAGUCCUCCGCCCUCCGCGCCGUCAACGCCUUCCUCACCUCCCACUCCGCCCCGGUCUCCCUCAAACCGCCGCUCCCCGCCGCCCGCGACAUCACCGAAGCGCUCCGCUUCAUCCUCGCUCGGAUGGACUGGCCCCUCGACGACCUAGACGACGACCUUCCCGCCCUCCUCCGCAACCUCCAUUGCCCCCUCAAGCUCAAUCGCUCCGCUCUCAAGGCCCCCGGCACCCCCCACGCCUGGCCUCACCUCCUCUCCGUCCUCUACUGGCUCAUCCAGCUUGCCCGCGUUUCCGACCACCUCGCCGCCUCAUCGUCACCUCAGCAGGAUCAACCCAACGACCUCCUCCUCUUCGUGACCCGCAGCUAUUCCCUCUUCAUCAGCGGCGAGGAUGACGCCGUGGAGGAGCUCGAUGAGGAGUACCUCGGCAAGGCCCAGCACCAGGCCGCCAACACCGCUGCAGCCAUUGAUGCCCUUGAGAAAGAGGCCACCGAGCUCGAGGCCAAGCUCCAAGCUCUGCAAGCGGAGCCAUCGAAGAAGAAGGCCCUCGAGCGAGAGAAAGGCAUGCUGGUGGAGGAUGUCAAGAAGUUCCAGGCGGUGGUGGACUCUUGGGGCGGGAAGGUGGCUGCGAUGGAGUCUGCACUGGGAGAGUGGGAGAAGGAGCUGGAGGCCAAGGAGAAGGAGAGCAAGAGGCUGUGCGAGGAGAAUGAAGAACUGCAUAGGAGGAUUGAUACACAGGCUGUGAACGUGCGUGAUGUGGAGAGGAUGAAAAGGGAGAUGCAGGCAGUUGAGAGGGACAUCGCAGAUGCAGAGAUAGGGAGAAAUGCAUUGGAGGAGAAGGCAUGGGAACUCGAGGAAACUGUCAGCAGGAAGAUCCAUGAAACUGAGGUACUCUUGGAACAGUGCAAUCAGGCUGUGAGAAGGUUAAAGCUUGGGAUUGAUUUUCAGUAUGUGCUAAAUUCUAAAGGUUCUUCACCAGCUGAGGUCUUGGGGAUUAAUUACAAGAGUAUCCUAAAACCUGCACUUGUUGCCCUUUCUGAGGACACGAAGAAAAUAUCAGUCUCAAAGUUGGAGGAGUCAAUUACUUUACAAGAACAAUCACAAGAAAAUGCUAAAGUACUUGAGGAGAAAAGGAACAAUCUUGCAUCUUUUCAGGCCAAAAUAGAUGAGGCUGAGGCUCGCCUGACUUUCUUGAAGAAUGAAGCUGAAGAAUAUGCAUCUAAAUGUGCUGCAGAAGCUGAGAAAAUAAAAGGGGAGUUCAUGAAUAAGGAACAUCAGUUGAGUAUAAUUGAAAAGGAGGCAGAAGAAUUUUUAAAGAACUCUGAGAAUGAGCUACAGAUUACAACCAAAGAGAGUGACGAAGAAACUCAGUUGUGUGCAAGUGAACUGUUGGCUCUGAUUGAUACUGUGUCAGAGUACAAAGAAUUCAUGGAGUCCACGGUUUCAGGAAUGAAGAAAGAGCUCUCUGAAACUGCAGAUUUUGUAUCUUCUUUGGCUGCAAAGUUGGUCUCUACUGUUAACUUCAGUCAGGGUGGCAGGAAACGAGCACGGAACCCCCCAGUGAACUAAAUUUGAUUCAGAUGCUUUGGUUAAGUCGAUAGUCUGGAGAAAGAUUUGACUUGAAAUCUAUGGUUUCUUUUUAAAUGCUAGAACACCAAAGUACAUGUUAUAUGUCAGUUAAUUCUCUCCUUUCUGUAUUUGAAUGACACCCUCUUCUAUCAAAUAUUGGACCUAAAUAGACAUAUGUUUGUGGUGAAGGGGAUCAAUCAAGCAAAAUCAUUUCUUGUUUGAUUUAUGUGAUCUUCCACUCCAAGUUUGCAUCUGAGAUAUUCAGUUGUGUUUAUUU